AUGUGGCUCUCUGCGUCACUUCGGUCCUGUCAGUCUUCGCCUUUCCUCUCCACCUCUCUGCACCAGUGCAUGUUUGGCUCCUACCGGAGAAAAGCCACUCGCAUUUUGCACACGGUCCCCUUCUUGCAAAAGCUUGGUGUGACUUGUGAUGGCGGCCACGACCAUGAGCCGUGGCGAUCCCCUGCACAAAAUCGCCUGAAGGAUGCCGGCUUGCCGCCUCUCUUGUGCAAGACUUUUGCCCAGGCACUUGUUGAUCAGCUCGUUGCGUGCGGUGCGCGCGCUCCGGCGUGCUCUCUUGCAAAUGCUUCCUUGUCGCUCUCCAUGGGCGCCCGUGUUGCUACAGCGACGCAACCAUCGGGUCGCAAGAUCCCUCCACUGGUUCCUGAGUUCGCCCGCACAGUGUCAAGUUGGCAGGUCCAGCCGAUCAGCUGCCGUGCACCUCAAAGACCAAGCUGGUCUCGGCGUGGGCGGUUCCCAAUACUGUCUUCUGCCAACCUUUCCUUGCAACUUUGCCGCCAGGUUCCAAGUGUCUCCGAGCCAGCCCUGUGGUUCCAGGGGGCCUGCAAAGCGAAACACCCGCGCUCCUUGGACCAAGGCGUGCCAGCCGGCAUGUCGGCAUGUAUUGAGCGCUUGUGUGAGCACAGCUCGGUCGAUGUGGCGAGGGAACGAACGGCCGAACUUCGCAAGUGGAUGCUUAGGAAGAAAGAGCUUGAUGAGAGUUUUGAUGGACCUGAGCACUGCAAGAAGAUCUUAGCUGGAAAGCCUAUGAAGCUCUUCGGGGAGAUGGUCAAGGCUGCCGGACAUGCUGAUGUUAACUGGUACGAGAUAUACAGAACGGACGUAAGAAUCGCCACCCCGGCGAACCAGCGUGCGAUUUGGGAGGCUUCCCGUACUUGCAGGGAUCCGGAAAUCACUUCUGAAGUGUAUCGCCUUACCCUGGAGGAGCGGGAUAAAGGGUGGCUGACUGGCCCCUUUACUCUCGCCGAUGUGCCGGAGACUGCCAUCGUUACCCGCCGCUUUGGCGUCAGGCAAGGUCUGACGACGACGGCCACCGGUGUAGCGGCUAAGAUCCGUCCUAUCGACGACUUCACAGAAAGCUUGGCUAACUUGUCGUGCACAUGUGCGGAAACCAUCGACCCGCAUUCAGUGAACAUCAUUGUGGCCGGGAUCCUGAAGCGGUGCAGGUUGCUACGGAAGUCCGGAAGGGACGCACGCUUGCUCCUUCGGACAAUAGAUCUACGAAAAGCCUAUAAGCAACUUCCUGUGUCGGAGCGGGCCCUCUGGGCGGUGGGGCAAGCUUUGCUCCACAUCCACUGGUCCGUGUUCUUCGAUGAUUAUGUGGUAGUGGCUUCGCCUGAGGAAAAGG